UUAUCACGGCUCGGUGGCUGUAGAUUGUAUAAUAUGUAUUAUACUAUUAUCAAAUAAUAUCAAUAUCAACAAUAAAAUUGCAGCCGCAGCACAGAAUAUUCUGUGGCCGUAGUACUCAAGUAAAACUAGAAAAUGAGUUCCUUCUGACCGCGACUCGGAGUUAUGUUCACUCAUCCGAGGUCAAUAAAGAAAAACAAUUCUUUAUAGAUUUUUGACCUCCACAACUUCCACAUUGAUCGAUGGACCGCCGACUUAAGAACGCCCUGUGCGCAGUGUCCGCUGGGGUCUGCGGUUCAUCAGCCGGCUUGUUCGGCAAAAUUGGAAUGAGUGUCAACGAGUUCAUCGGCUCAAACGAUCAAGCUUUGUACACAAAUUUAGCCAGAUUUGUCAUGUUGGCAAUGGUCGUGCUGGCCAACAUUGGCGGUUGGCUAAUGUAUACCAGAUCCCUACGAUUUGGUUCCACGUUGGUAUCCACUGGCAUCAGCAUCGCAUCCAAUUACAUUUUCACAGCUCUAACUGGUGUACUAUUGUUUGCUGAGAGCUGUUCAGUUCUGUGGGCAUGCGGCACACUUUCUGUCAUGAUUGGAGUUAUACUGAUGUCCAUUUGAAUGUUUUAUAAAUAAAAAUAUUUACUGAUCUCAUGUAUAUAAGUAUUAUUACUCAAAAAAAUGUACUUAUAAUAAUUCUAUUUUUUCUAUUUUUGAUAAUUCAAUAGAAUUAUUAUUUAAUAAAAUUGACAUCUAUGUGUAAUCAACCAAUAGUUACGUAACGAUCCGGUCAAAAAAUAAACCCGAGACUUGUAAAACAAGAUUAGGUACGACAUAUUAUUAUAUUGCAAGAACAAAAAAUACAAUUUUUAUGUUGA